AGAGGCAGGGAAAUGCAUGCAUGCUAGAAGAGGAAGGGUUGUAGCGGGAAACUGUAGAAUGGAGACAAGCAAAGACGUGGAUGCACUAAGCAGCAGUGGCUCUGCUGAGGUUGGCCGGGCUGCCUUCCUGCUGUAGAGUUAACCUAACAAAACUACUGCUAAGUUUGAUCAUAACAGAUCUUCAGAAAGAUGGGAUCCAACUCAUCAACGUAUCGGCCCAAGUGUGUUUAUUUGGAUAUUGAUGGAAGAAUUCAGAAGGUGGCCUUCAACAAGUACUGUAACUCAAGAGAUAUUAUGGAUUUGUUCUGCGUUGCAACUGGUUUACCAAGGAAUACAACCAUUUCACUUUUCACUGUGGAUGACUGCAUGGUGUCUAUUGAUCCAACCAUGCCAGCAAACUCGGAAAGGACUCCUUACAAAGUAAUACCAGUGGCCACAGAACAACAAACAGAAAAAGAGGAAUUGUUCCAGAAUUUGCUGUUACAAGUAGUUGAGCAGUUCUCAAGGGUAUUUAAAAUUGAUGAACUGAGAACUGAAGUAAGAAAUCAGUUGGCAAUGCUGGAGAAGAGAGUUGAAUUGGAAGGGUUGAAAGUAGCAGAGAUUGAAAAGUGCAAGAGUGACAUUAAAAAGAUGAGGGAUGAAAUGGCAGCAAGGAACAACAGGAGCAACUGUCCCUGUAAAUACAGCUUUCUGGAUGAGAACAAGAAGCUGAUGCCUCGAAGAGAUGUGCCAUCCUAUCCCAAGUAUAUGCUUUCUCAGGAGACAAUAGAAGCUCUUAGGAAGCCAACCUUUGAUGUCUGGCUGUGGGAGCCAAAUGAGAUGCUGAGUUGCUUAGAACACAUGUAUCAUGAUUUAGGAUUAGUGAAAGACUUCAACAUCAACCCUAUCACACUGAAAAGAUGGCUGCUGUGCAUUCACGACAAUUACAGAAACAAUCCAUUCCAUAAUUUUCGACAUUGCUUCUGUGUUACCCAGAUGAUGUACAGCAUGAUCUCACUCUGCAGUCUUCAGGUAAAGCUUUCCCAAAUGGAUAUUUUAGUGCUAAUGACUGCAUCAGUGUGUCAUGAUCUGGAUCACCCAGGAUAUAACAACACGUAUCAGAUCAAUGCACGUACAGAGCUUGCUGUGCGCUACAAUGACAUUUCCCCGCUAGAGAACCAUCAUUGUGCAGUGGCUUUCCAGAUCCUUGCCCAACCAGAGUGCAACAUUUUCUCCAAUGUUGAUAAAGAACAAUUCAAACGGAUAAGGCAGGGGAUAAUUACAUUAAUCCUGGCAACAGACAUGGCAAGGCAUGCUGAAAUCUUGGACUCUUUCAAAGAAAUAUUGGACAGCUUUGACUAUGCAAAUGAGGAACAUGUGACCCGGUUGAAGAUGGUACUGAUCAAAUGCUGUGAUAUCUCCAAUGAAGUUCGCCCACUGGAAGUGGCAGAGCCAUGGGUAGAUUGUUUACUAGAGGAAUAUUUUAUGCAGAGUGAUCGGGAAAAGUCUGAAGGCCUUCCAGUGGCACCUUUUAUGGACCGAGACAAAGUGACCAAACCUACAGCACAAAUCGGCUUCCUGAAAUUUGUUCUUAUUCCCAUGUUUCAGAUUGUAACAAAGCUUUUUCCAGAAGUUGAAGAAGUCAUGCUCCAACCGCUUUGGGAAUCCAGGGACCGCUAUGAGGAGCUGAAGCAAAUAGAGGAUGCUAUGAUAAAAGAGUUACAGAAGAAGAAGAAUGAAAGUUUAACAAAUGGAAAUAAGGAGAAGUGAACAGAAAAUACAAGACACAUCAAGCAUUACAACAGACACAAAGAUACUUUUGAGAUUUGCCAAAUCUGGUGGGAUUGCACAGCACUGACAAAAGAUGAGGCUGAACAGCUGACACCAUGACAAGCGCUUUUCAGAUUCCUUGUCUAAAGACUGGUGUUUACUUCUGGACUGAAAUGACAAGGAACCACUACUGUUGUACUAUAUUUUAUUUUUAUUUUUAAAGUUAUCUUCUAAAUAAUAUAUUCUUAUACCAAAAAAUGGCUGCUGUAAUUAUUCUCUUUUGUAGAUUUUUAUAUGUGGAGGUGUGUUUUUUUAACUGUUUCCUGUCACCCUAUGGAGACCUCUGGGGGGAAAUUUGUACUUUUUAAGCAAGUUGUUGUCGAAAUAUUUGUAUGUAGUGUGAGUUACCAUCAAAGUAACAACAAUUGAUUUUCAUUAGUCCUAUUCAGAUUUUUUAUGUCUGAAAUGAAUCUGUGUAGGUCUAAAUAGGUAAUAUGGAUGUGGCCCAACUCCAUACCUCCCUACCCCACUUGGAAGUCAGCACAAACACCUCGUAAAGAAUCUGCAAGCAAGUUCCCCGAAUGCACGUACUGUACAGUAAUUCCAUAACCACAUGACCUAAGAAGGCAGGGCUUCCCAUCACACGAUCAGGAUUAUGGCCUCCUUUGCAGAUUCAUGUGCUAAAACCUGCAAAGGGGUGAGAGAUUCCCAAACAGGGUAGGGAUGUAAAGGCAAGGCUUACAUGUGCAAACCAAUCCCCACAUCGACUUCACCCUGCACUAAUUCAAGUAUAAUACAUAUGCCUACAUAUUUAGGAGCCACAUUGCGCUCUCAUUUAUGCCUUCUGUCAUCUUACUGAGGCAUUUGAUAAAAGCUAGGAGCAGGCUAUCUAACAAGGAAAGUAAUUUUAUGUUUUCCAGUCAGCAACUCUUUGCCAAUGAAAUACUGUUGAAAAAGCAGUAGGAAGUGACUGACCAAACCAUCAAGUUCACCCCACACUGUCAUCCUGCUGCCCGUCUCAUCUCCAUAGAUGUUACUCUUCUACCCACUUAUGUGGAGAUAACAGAUGUUUCUUCAAAGCCUUUGAAACUUCGGAGUUCCUAGACACCUUCCCCUUAAAUGAUGAGUGAAUUUUCAAACCAAGUAUAGUCUGAACAAACAUGAAGGAAUUUUGCUUUCACAAUUAAGUCAGUCUAGACAGACAUGCCACAGAAGCUAAUAACAUCUUUGGCCAGCCACAGCAGGCACUACUGAGCUGAAUAAACUUAGUAUGGAAGUGGUUUUCAUAAGUUCAGUACGUUGUUCUGUAUAGCUUUGUAUGUUCACAGUGGUAACUUAGACAAAAUCUAUAACUGUCCUUUAGCAUUUAUGGUAAUUGGCAAGGACCGUAUCAAGGAAUGAACAUUUGGAACAAGGCAGCCAGUUGAAAUCACAUGUGCCUUUGUUCCUAAGAUGCGGACAGAAAACUCAGGCAUAGAGAUAUUGGUUAGGAUUUGGGAUUUACAUGGCCAGGUUUUGGCCCAUAGAGGGAUUGUUGCACACAAAAUAGAUAUGAAAAUGCCCAUUUCUUAAUUUUCACCUUUGUACAUACAGUAAUUCUUAGUAGAAUUUUUCUCCUUGUACAUAAUUCUUAAGGAUAAUAUGUCACCACUCAAGGAUAAUUCAACAGCCAUAUGCACUGGUGCAACUGUUGGCCUUCUGCAACAUCCAGUUAAAUUUGCAGAUGGAUGUAGGAUGACCUAGAUGAGACCUAGGAUGUGAUAUGGAGUUGGGGGAAGACAGAGGUGGUAUCUAGUUGGCUUCAGGAGUGUGGGGGGAGAUGGUUGCACAGGGCUUUUGUAUGUACACAGAAGCUCUAUUGGCAGCAAGGUAAUUGAAUAGAGGGAAAUAAAGUGUCUGAGGAAAAGAAUGUUCUGGGAGAUGCAGUUGUAAAACUGCAGUGAAGGGUGCUGUAAUUAGACUCUGGCUAUGGCUUAGCAGAUGAGUCAGGGCAGGCUAAGAGAAUGAAGGACGCAUCCAUGGAAAAAAAAAGCUGGUUGACAACAUAGAAUUCCUGACAUAGAAUUCCAAGAUAAUUGUGGACAUUGGUCUUAGGUGUUUGUUAAGCAUUUGUUAAAAGGUAUUAAUCCAGUUAUCACCCAACUAGAGUAGAUCGAUUGAAUGAAUGGGACUUGAUCUGUCAUAAGAUAUGUAAGGCUGUGGUCUCACUGACAAUAUGAACUGUAUUUAUCAAUUUAGAUUUUUAUUGUUCACAUGACACAAGGGAGACAUUGAUUUAUAUGGGCUGCAAAGUGAAUUUUUUUCAUCUGGCCAGCAGGGACUUUUACCUUGCUUCUAAAGUCCAUUCAGUUCAAUGCAGUUUUAUGGAUGUGAACACUUCUGUUGUUUUAAUUUGUGCCUUAGUAGAUUUGGGUGGCAUGGACAGCACUGUUUUUUCUUUUUAAAUAUUUUAAAAUUCUUUCUUAAAAUAUUUAUUACUGCAUCCCUUCAGCAAUAUUUUUGGCAUUACAACCACAUACCCUAUUCUCUCCAUUUGACCAAUAAUGGAGCCAGCGGAGCAGCAGAAAACCAGUGGGUGCAAAAUGGGUGCACCUGGACAUGGAGGACGCACCAGGAGCAUGGCCCACAGAGGAAACCUCCCCCCUUCUCAUUUUUUAUUAUUAAUUGGCUGGGGUCACCUCUCCAGUGUUUCCCUUGUGGUUUCUAGUGCCUAUUAUGAUACCAGGUAGCAUCUCCCAGACACUAAAUUUAUCACUUACAAUUUAAAAAAAUCAAAACCUUUAAGAACAGCACGCUCCUAAAAAAAAAAAAA